UGACAAGAAAACAUCCUCGACGUCGGGGCUCGACUCCUUUGGUCUGGUUUGCGGCUUUCAAUUGCUUCUGUCUGGAUGCUUUCAUCAAACAUGGCGGCAAAUCAAGCGACGAAUCCUUCUCAGUUGCUCCCGUUGGAGCUUGUGGACAAGUGCAUCGGUUCUCGCAUCCACAUUGUCAUGAAGACGGACAAAGAAAUUGUCGGCACUUUGCUGGGCUUCGAUGACUUUGUCAACAUGGUCCUCGAGGAUGUGACUGAAUUUGAACUAACACCAGAGGGUCGCAGGAUCACCAAACUGGACCAGAUCUUGCUCAAUGGCAACAACAUCACCAUGCUCAUCCCAGGCGGAGAAGGCCCGGAAGUUUAAGACCGGCAUCUGUUGGAGCAGUUUUGUUUUAUUUUUGAAUUUUUUGUUGUUCCUUCUUGUUCUUCAGGGUAGACGGGCACUUUUUGUAAAAAGCUUCUUGGUUUGACAAUAAAAAGUGCAACAUGAAGUGCGCACAUACACA